GCGCGAGCCAUAAUUCGAGUAAACUACAAAUUGUUAUUUGUAAAUAACUCAUAAUGCCAUUCGUUAUAGAGACAAAAAGAUGACAGAAACACAACAUGUGAUCACUAUUUAUUGACGUAAAGAAGCUACUGGAAUGGAGGCUGUUGAAAUUGCUUUCAAUCGUUUGAACCAUGCACCCUACAUUGUCUCAAACUAUCAGCGUGUCGCCACAUGGUGUGACAUCAAGGAGAUCUUCUUGUGGUGUCCUCAUCCGAGCUGUAAAGUUGUUCUUACUGCUUUAAAAUGCCUGCUUAAAUACCCAGAGUCAGAGAAAUGCAUGCACCCCUGCUCUGAGUCUGAACAGCUGCUUUUCUUGAAGCAGUUCAUGGUAGUACCUCAUGGAACACUAUUGGUCGAUCUUAGCACGCUAAAGAACAGAGAACUUCUUACAACACUGUAUGAAAUGGUCAGAAGAAAACAUGUGAAGUCGUCCAAUUCUGUCAUUCUGGCUUGUUCGAAAGUCAGGCAAGAAAUUGUGGCUAAAUAUUGUAACACCAGCAUCAAAGUUCCGCUGCACUCUCUAAGAGAAAUUAAAGUCCUUCCUGCUGUGACCCGAGCUCAUUACAAAGAUAAUAUUUCUGAAGUGAAAAAUGAUGAAUUUUGCAACGGACAGCUGGUCAAGAUAAAGUUAACUGUGACAGAAGUUAACAGUUCCUUUGAGGGGUCAGUAAUGCCUAACAGAAAUGCACCAAUUUCUUCAGAUAUGUUUGUUGCACUCUCAAUGCUACAGACACUAGUACCUGGUUCCUCGUCGUUUCUAACCAAGUUGACGGAACUGUACCCAGUUGUGAGAUGCGAUGCGUACAAUGUUUUUAGCUUGAGUCCCUGUCAACUUCUGGAGGGCAUACAGCUCACUAGAUUUCUGGCCUGCCAAUACGGAUAUGAUGUACCCUGGCAGUGUGUGACAUCCAGCAGUCUGAUGAUGUCACUGAGGGAAUUCUGGGCAUCGUAUACCCGGGAGCUCAGAUCCCUCUCAGAUACUCUAGCCCCUGUGGCAGACUUCUCAGUCAUAGCACUGACAUGCCAGAUAGGAGGUAUAAGAAGUCCUGAAAAAUCAGGUAAAAAGCUGCCAGCAGCACCAAAAACAAGUGAAACUGGACCCAGUAACAAAGAAUCAUCAAAAUUAAAAGAAGAAAACAAAAAAGAUUCUGUGAAGGGUCAUAAGGACACUAGAAGUAAGCUUAUUAAGACUCAUUCAGAUCCAUGUGUGAUGGCACGGGCAAAUGAAAGUAAGAAAGGUGAAGUUGUUCAUUCAGAUUUAGAUUCAGUUACAUGUAGAGACCAAGUUUUGCAAGAUGACUCUGUUGGUGCUUCUGCUAGCAAGUCUGAUGUCAGUUUAACAAGACAUAGAAGGAAUGUUAAAAAUGGGAAUAAAUUCAUGAAUGCAGAUCCAGCUGUGGAUAAACGUGUUCCAAGUUCCAAGAGUUGUGAAAGUGUUGGUUAUGGAAAAAUGAAAUUAGUUGCUGGAAAACAAGUUGUAAAUGCUGUACACAAGGUAAUAGGAAAGAAACAAAAAUGUGACAUCGAAAAGCAUUUGAAGAAAGUUUUAGGUUAUGAGAAAGGUAUAAGACAAGCUGUAGACAAUGAAACAGAAAAAAGUACAAAUGCAAGUACCAGAAAGGCAAAGAAAACAGUCGUUAAAAAAUCUGUCAAAGUAAAAAGGGAAAUGUCCAAAGCUGAGAUUGCUGAUAAGAAUCCAAAUUGUGAAAGAGGUCAUGCUAGAUCUAAAAUAAAAACAGAUGGCAGGAUGGAAGGAAACACUUUGAAUAACAGUACUAAAUGUGAACCUAGAAAAGAAAUUACAGGUAUUGUAUAUGAAAAAAGGACAGACUCAAAUAAUUCCGCAGUGACAAUGAAUGGUUUGAUUCCAGGGUCGAGAAGAUCUGUGGCGAUUGAAACAACAGGUGCGCAAAUGCAGAUUAUAAGAGGCAAAAACAAGAAAUUGGGACCACAGAUGUUUAAAAUAACAGGCCAUGGAACGAAAGGAAGUUUAAAGAAAAACAUCAAUAAACACCGUGAAGUUGGUCAAAAAGAUACAAAUCUGGAAAGUGUUCCCAAAACUAUGAUGGAGUCUGAUGAUGUAAUAAAUUAUCCAUUAAACUUAUCUGCAGCUGGAAACAGAGAGAAUACAUGCCAAGAAAAAUGUGAAGAGGGUAAAAUAGAAAUUUCAUUUGUAAAAAAAGCAACAUAUGAGUCUUGUCUGGAUAAAAGCGAGAGUUUGCAAGAGUUAAAUAAUAGUCUGAUAGAUCUUAUUUCGCAUACUCGGCAAAAUGUAAACUUAAGUAACAGUGAAGAUCGCAAAGUCCUUCAAUGUGGCUCUGCCAAAAUGCAUGAUAAUCUACCUGGAAUAUUGCGAGUUGCCACAAAACAGAAGUCUCCGAUGAAGCAACUUUUACAAUUUUCCCUCUGUCAGAAUUCAGCUGAUAACAUAGGUAAAGAUGUGACAAUAAAACAUGAAAGUCAUGAACCCAUGGUUAGUGGCAAGCACUUGAAACACUCUUCACAACAAACGAGUUAUGCUAUAACACCAAAAGAAGUAGAAUUAAUAGCACCUUCUCUACAAUCUGAGUUUUUGCACAGGGAGCAGCAGCCUUUUUCAUAUAAGCCAGUUAGAAGUCAGAACACUCGUGCAUUCGUAGAGGAAUAUUUCUGCAAAUCUCCAACUUUGGUAAUAGAUGAUGACAGUUUUCCCAUCGUGGAAGGAAACCAAAUUAAUGUUUCACAUAGAAAUUAUCAUGGAAAAAACAUGCCCUUGUUUGCACAGAUACCAAGCAAAAGUGCUCAGCUAUAUUCAGAAGUAAAAAGAACUCCGCGACUGAAGGCAUACUCUGCAAACAGUGUGGGAAGAUUACAAGAAGAAAUUAUGACCAAAUUGCAGGAACGUGCAAUUAAAUCUAUUUACUCCGUGGAAGGGAAUUCUGAUAACGAUUUUAUGACAGAGGGGGUUGGCAUGUGGAGGAAAAUUCAAAAACCAAGAAACUGCAGGAAGGCUAAAUCAGCUGAUAUUUAUCAAAGAAAACAGAAAGACGACAUGUUUAAACCAGCAUCCAGCAUUUGCUCAACAAAAAGUAGCAACAUAGUUGAAAGCCGUUCAUUUAUGAGAGGAAUCAAUUACAACUAUUCACAAGACCUUAGAUCAUCUGCAGAGAGAGCAGGAUUUGUACAGGGAUAUGGAUCUUCAUCUUCAACAACACCUGACAUCUAUGAUGAGUUUGCCAGAAAAAAGAAGCCAAAGGCUCGUAGGACUAUGUCCUCACCGAAACCAAAGCCCCUUACAAAACCAGUAUCUCCAAACUUGCACAGGACAGUGGCAAGAAAGGGAACUCCAGUAGCAGCACAGGAAAAGCCUAUACCAUCAACACAUAGUUUUCACACAGUUGGAUAUUUGUUCAAACCAAAAGCUGAUGGAAACCUCCCAGAGAAUACAAAUGGUGCCUUUACUGCCAAGCAAAUUUAUGAACAUAAAAAGUCGGAAGCAAAUAACUUGCCAGUCAUGGCGCCUUGUUAUUUUCAAAGAAGCAAAGACAGGCUGUCAAUACUAACUUCACAACCAAAUCUUGAUGACAAUACAACCAAGCGUCCACUUGAUGUUGAAAAUCAUCCGAAAUUGGAGCAGUCACCAUCAUUCUCACAAAUGCAUGUUGUACAACAAAGGUACUCCACUGAUGAAAACAUCCAGGUACCAGAACUUAACCACUGGUCACAGACUCAGAAUAAAGCGCCAGGACAAGACCAUGUUGGCACUGCAAAUUCACCUGUCAACAGUCGCACUUCAAUUGACAGCUUUUCAUCAUAUUUUUCUUCACACUCAAAAGUCAGAAGUUUAGAUAUAUCAAAGCCAUCUCUUAGGUCUCAAUGUAACUCAGAUGAACAGCAGCAUGACCCAAAGGGUUGUGAAAAACGCAGCACAAGGGUGACCCUUCUCGAUAAAAUGACAUCCUUUUUUGAGCACUUUGGUAAUCCAAAGCCUUCAAGCUCUUUUGAAAGCUUGAAUAAUAUUCAAAACGUUGCGCAAAUGAAAAACUUGCCAUCAGAAACAACCCUGACUUCGUUAAUAAGUAUUACCCCUUUUAUGAAAAAUAAUGAGGUGAGCUCCAGGGUUGUGCCACAUAAUCAGAAUCCAAAUCAGAAUGCUUCUGUUUUCUAUGACACAGAGGGCAAGAGAACAAUAAAAUCUUUGUCAAGAAUUAAGACCCAGAUGUAUUUUAAAGUUUCUGGAGAUGACACAUUAUAUGCUGUUGGAAAGGGCAUUUUUAUACCAGAAAAUGCUCAGUUUUACGCUCUCUCUGAAGAGGACCAAAUGGAAAUGACACAGAGCUAUUGCAAAAAUGAUCAUCAAGACCUACAAAAGCUUGUUGGUAAAAACUCUUUAAGAGAAGAACUUAAAUCUGAGAGAGAUGAUCAUCACUUGGUGGAAAAUGGGGCAAUGUUUGAUUUUGAAGCACAUAAUGAAGCCAGUGUUGACGUUGAUGCAGUGCUGAAAAGGAUUUGUUUGGAUAUGGAAGAGAGAGAUAACCUUGGUAAUGAUGUAUCAACGCAUUUGUCCCAGAUAAAAGAGCUGCUAAAAAAAUAUGGUAAUAAAAAGAACCAAACGGAGAUACAAUCAUCAGAUAAAGUCAAAGCAUCAUCACCUAAUGCUUACUCAAAGGAUAUAAGCAUUGAAUCUCAUAGUAAAAGUUUCAAAGAGGUUGUGGAAGAAAAAAGGGCUUUGAAGAAGAGAGAUGAUGAGGAACUAGCUAACAAAUUCUGCACGUCUGCUCAAGAGAGCUUGCCAAGUCAUGCAAAAUGGGAAGGUAAAAAGAAAUGUGCUAGAAAUAACCAGAUUGUUAAUGACUUAUUACUAACAGAGAAUUCAAGAAAAUCAACUGUUGCUUUCCACGGUUUAAAGAAUUUGGACAAUAAUACAGAUUGCAAGACCAAUGAAUGCGUCUUGAAUAGAUCAAGGCCGAUAACAGAAGGCAAUGUUCCCUCACCAAAAAGAACAGAAGGCAAUGUUCCUUCACCAAGAAGAGCCUUUAUAGCUAUUAGUAGAGAGCAAGCAAGAGCUCAAACUUUUAAAAAAGAAGUUAAUGCAGUACCUGAAGAGAUUGGAAAGCGGAGAAAUUCACCAGAAGUUGUGAAAAAGUGUACGUCAAAAGCUUUGAAAUCUGGAGGGAAAAGUAAAACCUCCAAAUGUAAACAGAAAUCUGAUAUUACACUUCCGCGAAAAGAAAGCACGCAUUGCAGUAUUGAAGAUGGUAGUCCCAAUAUUAUACCAGCUCUUCGCCGACUGUGGAUUGAGAAUCCUACUUCAGCCAAACUAAAAGCCAAACAGUGUAUCCAUAGGGCACAUGAUAAGAAGAAUUUGAGCCAAGGUCAAAGAUAUCAACUGAAAGAAUCAGACACAACACAGUCUCAAAUGUCCUUAACAAAUCAAAGAGGACAAGAACCAAAUGCAAUUGAAAGUGGACCGAUGUAUUUGAAGAAAGAAGAUUCUCAUGAGAAUUUUAUUAGCAAAAUGGAUACAGAGCAAUUAAUGUCUUCACAGUUUGGCACAGAAAAAGAAAUCCCUCAGAAAGACUGCUUUGUUCUACUUAAAAAGUUGAAAAACUUGGAAUGUGAAAAUUCAAAUGCGUCAACUGAAUCAAAUGUAUACUAUUCAAACCAAUGUGAAAUAUCAAGCAUGAAAUUGAAUAAAGAAAAUGAAGUGCUAGACAGGCAUUCAAAGCAAGAGUAUACUAUAUGUGAAGAUGGUGAGCACCCAAUUGGAGACAAGGUUUUUCAAACUACACCUGAUCAAUGGAUACCCAAUCAAAAACAAGGACGCAGAUUUGAAGAAUCUGAUGCAGUUAAUUUAAAUGGUAAAACAACAUUUAUAACACAGGGAACUGAGCAUUUGCUACAAGACAACAUAAUUGAAACACCACUUAACACAAGUCGGAAUGUUUUUAGAUCAUUCAAUUCAGAAUCAGGAGAUAUUGAAGAGGCAGUCUUGAAUUGGAACACAAAUUAUGAGGAAUUCACUACAGAGAAUUUGGUAGAUGACUGUGAAACUGUUGCAUUUUCUGAAGAAAAUUUUGACCAAAACACAAUCCCUGGUGAUUCAGUGGCAUAUAUUGAUGAAGUAAUGGUGAAAACUGAGCCUUAUGCUGAGCACGUUUUAGGGUCUACCUCUAAACGGAAUGUCAAUUCUGAAUGUUGUGAUGCCAAGUUUUCUAGUCAGAUACUUGCAACUUAUGAUUUGAAAAGUGAUGUUUCAGAUACAAUAGUUGAACAGCCCGGUAAAGAUUUUAACAUUUUAACAGAUCCUUUUUUAUGUGAUGUGUGUACAAUCAGUGUUGAACCAUAUGAUGAUGGGGUUAUGCUAAUUUGCACAAAUGCAAAUGGCAGAACAUUUCAGAUUGACCAAAACCAUCCAAGCUAUGAGACGGUCAUAGAAAUGUAUAAUUGUCAAGCUAUGGAAACAGAAAACUUUGGGAAAGAGGCUUUCAGCGAUUCUGAAAAUAGUGAUUUCUAUGGUAUAUGUGGUACUUUUUCAGAGGAAGAGAAGGAAGAUAUUUAUGUUAUUGCAGAUUCAAAUGUAGGGAAUAUUAUUGAUUGCGAAAGUUGGGAGGUGACUAGAGAAGAAAUAGAUGCUAGAGAAGGAACGAGUUAUGAAUAUUGUGAUGUCAAUGAUGUAGUACAAAGUGUGAGUCAGGGAUUUCAUGAAACUGAUAGAAAGCGUUCAAUGGCCAGCAGUAACAUAAGCACAGGACUGAAGAUAUUGAACGUUGUUGGAAGUUAUGGAAACCAUUCUUUUCAAAACUGCUCUGACACCAAUAAUAAAGAUGUUGUUAAGCACCAUGAUAUGGAAAAGGAUAAUAAUACUUGUGACGAUGUGACUACACUAGUCCAGAGCAAAGUGGAAAAUGGCCAAGCUUUAAGUAAAUGCAAUUCAGAGAAUAGAACUUAUAAAGUUAAAUGCCAUCUGAAAAAAACAAAGAAAAUGUCUUCACUUAGAAAAACUGAUGGUGACAAUGCAACCGCAAGACCAAACUAUGUUGCAAAUAAUGAAUCCUAUACCACAAUUCCUGGUGACAAUAAAGCGGGGCUUGAAACUGAUACAGAUGAAUCUUUUGAUAAAGAAUCAGAUUUGGAUCCUAGUGCAUCUGAUAAGUCUGAUAAAGAUUACAAACCUACUGAUGAUGAGCCUGACGCAGAAAGUAGUGAUAGCACUGAUGCUGAGAGCAUGUAUUCAGAUGAAAAUGUCGAGGACAUUGGCAGAAAAAGAGCAAAGAAAAGAGUUUCUAAAUGUAAACCAAUCGGAUUUAAAUGUCCUAAAAGGAAAAAUGGAAAUUCAUCUUUAAAUAAGAUACGGAAACAAUUUCAAAAGAAAUAUGAUGUUAAAAAUACAGCUAUAAUAAACAAGUGGUUCAAGAAGUCUAGAAAACUUGUCCAGAAUGACUCAUCAGCUGAAAAUUUUGGUAAGCUGAAACAUUUAAAAGAAGACACAAAAAAUGAAAGAAGUUUCCUUAAAGAUUAUUAUCGAAAAACAAUAGUAAAAAAGGGUCAACCCAAAAAGUGUAAACAGGACAAAAAGAGUGUAUUAAAUAUACAAUUAAGAAAUGAUUCCCAAAAAAUAUCUCGUGAAGAUGGUAUUUUCAAGAAAAAUGAUAGGCUCACCCUAAGUAAUGAUAAACUUGCAACAAGUAAUGACAAAACUGACAUACAAAAUGUAGCUAUUAAAUGUGUGGAAGAAAAUAAAGAGAAAGGUAAAAGCCAAUGUUCUGAUUUUAAGGUUGGUAUAAUUCAUGAGAAAUCAGGAGUGGACAAAAGUGACAAAAAUAUUGGAUUAACAAAAUCUAUGAGAGGUAGUGAGAAUUGUGAGAGUUUGCAAGAUAGCUGGAAUGAAAAGUUAACAAAUAAACAGAAACAUAGGGGGACACUUAUGAAUGAGGCGGAAUCUCACACACUUCAUAUUGACAAAUCUGAAAUGAGUAAUGCAUAUAUUGAUUCAUGCUCUGAUAUGGCAGAUUCUGAAAGUGUUUCCUCAGAAAGAAAGUUACGAAGGGGAAAGAAGAGACGAUCAACAAUUAUAAAGGAUAGAGAAGAAGAAAUUUCUGAAGAAGAAAAAGAAAAACAAGAAGAAAACACUGCAGCAGCAGAAGGGUUUAUAAAAACACAAAUGAAAUACUAUGAUAUAAUCAAGAACACAUCGUCAGAUUCAAGCAAAAUGAAAAAACAAGAUAAUGCAACUAAUAGGUUGACCCGUGUGAAGCCUGGACCAGUGCCCAGUGGAACCCCAGUCAGGGGGGAGCGGGAGAUCACCAAGGCGAUGUCAGAGGCUGAGAAGGCCCUUGAAGGAACUGGGGGGGCUCAGACAGGGGACAGUGAGGAUGAGGGGACCAUCAUUGAAGACCUUAUCAAUAGUUGCCGGUAUCAAUUAGUGGAAGAUGAAGACGGUCUGCAGUUAGGCGGGGUGGCCCACUUCAGUGACUACGCCCUACCAUUCGUCUACAUCAAUGGGUACAAGUACACACCAUUGAAAGACGUUCUGGCAUUGUUCCAGCCCUCCUGCUGCCCCUGCCAGUGCACCAUUCCCCGUAGCGUGUUCACGAAGCACAAGUCACUGGUUAAGACCUUUAGCACUUGGGAACAGGUGUAUAAGCUAGAGUUGAUCAAGAUGAAGAAGAAGCCUACAAUAACUACAGGGGACACCCUAGUAAAGCUGGACUCCCUGAUUGGUCAGCUCUGUGAGCUGAUAUCCACUAUUGAGCAGCUGCAUGUCAACACACAGUUGAAACGCAGUCAGAACUGCGACACCAGUUUGUAUAGGCGUGUUCGAGAGAGACUUGCUGCGUAACCUUUUAUGGAACUUGACCUGUAUGAUGACCUGUAGUGGAAAUCGCUUGGCGACUUGUGAAAUUUGCUUGACCUUUAAUUGAAAUUGGUUUAUGACUCGGAAGGAAAGUUUGUUUGUAUAAUAGAAAAAGCUAAAUGAGCUGUAAGAAACUUGUUUCAUGACCUAUAAUGGAAAUUUAUGUAUGACCUAUAUUAAUGUGUAUGCCUUAUAUUAAUGUGCUUCAUUGGUUUUAAUGUAAAUUGUUUCAUUACCUAAAAUUUAAUUUUUUGAUGACCUAUAAUUGAACUUGCUUAAUGAAUAUUUGAAAACUUGUUUGAUGAACUCAAAUCAUAAUUGUUUCAUUACCUAUGCUGAUUAAACUUGAUUUGUGAACAUUAAUUAACAUUGAUUGCAGUCCUAAAAUAGAACUUGCUCAAUGACCUAUGCACAUUUGUACAAUAUUUCAUGACCUAUUAUACAACUCUUUUGAUGACUCUAGUGAAAAUUUGUUUGCUGACUUUUAUGAAACUCACUUGAUGACCUUAAAUUGAAAUUUCUUUGAUGACCUAUAAUGGAACCUACUUGAUGACCUAUAAUGCAACCUACUUGAUGACCUAUAAUUGAACCCUAGUGAUGACCUAUAAUGGAACCUUAGUGAUGACCUAUGAUGGAACCUUAGUGAUGACCUUUAAAUGAACCUUAGUGAUGACCUAUAAUGGAACCUUAGUGAUGACGUAUAAUGGAACAUACAUGAUAACCUAUAGGAGAACCUUGGUGAUGACCUAUGAUGGAACCUACUUGAUGACCUAUAAUGGAAUCUACUUGAUGACCUAUGAUGGAACCUACUUAGUGACCUAUAAUGAAACCUACUUGAUAAACUGCAAUGGAACCUUAGUGAUGACCUAUAAUGGUACCUACUUGAUAAACUGCAAUGGAACCUUAGUGAUGACCUAUAAUGGAACCUACUUGAUGACCUAUAAUGGAACCUUCUUGAUGACCUAUAAUGGAACCUACUUGAUGACCUAUAAUGGAACCUACAUGAUAACCUAUAGUGGAACCUUAGUGAUAACUUAUAAUGGAACCUUAGUGAUACCUACAAUGAAACCUUAGUGAUGACCUAUAAUGCAACCUACUUGAUGGCCUAUAAUGGAACCUUAGUGAUGACCUAUAAUGGAACCUUAGUGAUGACCUAUAAUGGAAUCUACUUGAUGACCUAUAAUGGAACCUAAUUUCUUUCCUAAAAUGGAAGCUACUAAAUGACAAGUAUUGGAAUGCUUGAAUGCUUCGAUAUUGAGGAUUAAAAAUGAACAUGUCAUGUAACUGUGUGAAUUAAGAAAUAAUGAUAUUUACAAAAUGCAGUAAACAAUACAAGUUUCCAGUCUGUUAUGUAUUAAACAACCAGCACCCGAUUGUAUAAACGCUGGUUAAAGUUACCGCUCGGUAACAUUCAAACCUUGGUAAGUUUGCGGUUAUUCAGGUAUAGUAACCUUCAAGGUAACUCGAUUGUAUAAACACGAUAUACCGCAAAGUAAACUAACCUCGCAUAGUGGAAUUUAACCACCGGUAACUUUAACCAAAACAUUCCCACAAUGCAUUUUCUAAUGACGUAAUUUUCGCGCGAAGUGUCACGCUUAUAAACAGCGACAUGUAUUUUUUUUAUCAAAUUCAUUUACAUUCACAAUAAAAUAAAGUAUAAAUUUAAACUAUGAGUUCAUCAAAAUGACCAGGGACAAAUUGAUAAUGAUGUCGGGAUUUGCAUCAUUUAGCGGAAUCCCUGGUGCUUCCAAACUGCAAGAGAGUGCUUACAAAGACGUCUAUUCUUCUAGUUGUUCUAGAUGUAACAUAAAAAUUAUACAUGGUCGUCGUAACAUGCUAGACUAUUCUUCUAAUUUGGCUUAUGUUUACAAUAAACUUACUUACUUUCUUGUACAAUAAGGGAAUUAACCAUAGACAAAUAAAACAUCGUUCAAGUUUAAAUAUAUCUUUGUAUGCAGAAAUCUGCAAAUGCAACCGAGUUCACCAACGGCUAUUAUUUGUGUCGUGUUCUGAGAAAACUGGGCAUAAUGCAUGUGCGUAAAGUGUCGCAGAUUAGCUUGUUAAGUUCGCGCAGGCUAAUCAGGGACGACACUUUCCGCCAAAAAUUGAUUUUUGCUAAUAAGGGACUUCAUUUUAACAAAAAAUGUCAUAAAAGCGGAAAGUGUAGUCCCUGAUUAACCUGUGCGAACUGCACAUGCUAAUAUGGGACGACACUUUAAGCACAUGCAUUAUGCCCAUUUUUUUCAGAACACGACACAUUUGAUAAACUGCUCCGGUUCAUUUUAACAGCAGUAAUGUACAUAGAGUGCAUGACGUAGCGUGUGACGAAGAAGAAAGUUUAUUGAGUUCUCAUUUGAAUAUAAUGAUAUGAUGGCAUAAGGGUCUUUAUUUAACUAUGCUAAAAUAAUUAUCAUUAGUCCCUAGAUGCAAACUCGUCAAUUAUUGAAUUAAAUGGAUUAUUUAUGGAUUUUUAAAGGAUUAUUAAAGGUAAGAUAAUAACUUGUUUUGUUUUUUGUUUGUACUUUUGUUGUUCCCUGUUCUCGGAGAAAUGACUUUAACAUGGGCGCCAUUGAUGCAUCGGAUCACACACGGCAUACCCUAGUUCUGGCUUCCAUAACUUUAAAUGUCGCUUUUAUGAUUUUUGACUGGCGCGACUUUAUACAGGUCUGUCAGUACUAUAUAAACUGUACGCUGAAGUUUCUUUAGCUAGGCAUAUAAGAAACACGUUCUGUGCGUCCUUAAAUUCGUCGUCCGAAGUCGGAAAUCGUAUUGCCCUGUAAAUUAAGUCAAAUAAAGUGUCAGUCGCUGCAAUUUGUUGUUUACUCGUCGAAAUUGUAAAGGUCGUCGAUGGUUAGCUUUUAUAAUGUCGCGCGCCGCGGCCAUUUUGUGUAAGUUACCAAUCGGUUACUUGUACUUACCCACAUAGGGAAGCAGGGUAUGUUUUAACUGGGUUUUAACCGAUUGGUAUAACUAACCAAAUUUUAUACAAACGCUUACCGACCAGUAACCAACAUGUUACCGACUUUUAACCGCCGGUAUGUGGUUAACCGUCGGUUUAACUGUUUAUACAAUCGGGUGCAGUUGUCUCUAAGAUGUGUUUUAUACAAUUUGGUAAAUAUAUUAUCCUAUUUUUAUGCUCCACCCAACAAUUUUUUGGGGGAAGCAUAGAGUCGCCGCUUUGUCUGUCUGUGCGUGUGUCCAUGUGUUCGUCCGUCAGUGCAAAAUUUUUGUCCGGGCUAUCUCUCAGCAAUUAAUGACCGGAAUUCAAUAAAACUUUAUGGGAAGCUUCACUACCAAGAGGAGUAUGUGCAUAAUAUCAGCCGGUUCUGGUCGGAUGAUUUUUCACACAGUUAUGGCCCUUUGAAAUUUUCCAUUAACUGUACAUAUGGUGCAAUUCUUGUCCCCCCAACUACUAGACUUUUCCUUUUAUCUGAAUAUAUAGUGCAAUAUUGUGACAAAAAAAAACUUUGGGGAGCAUCACCCGUCUCAGACAGUUUCUUGUUAUUAAUAACAAAUGAUAUUUUCUUA